UCUGCUCACAUCAGCAGCGGCAGGCCAUGGUGGCAGCAGCCGACGUUCUCUCCAUGCUCCUCACACUGCUGAUCCCAGCUCUUCGGGGGAUUCCUCUUUGUCCAAAGGAGUCCACCACGACAGACACUUAUGUGACCACCUCAGGAAACCUCACCUUCUGUGAUUUACCCUGCGAGGCCGAGGGGGAUUACAACGUGGAUCAUAGAAGCUCGAUGGUAUUUACCUAUUAUUGCCAAAACCAGUCUCUUCAUGUCUAUGGUCGAUACAAGAUCAGGACCACCUUGGAUAAAACCUGCGGGUGUGUCAGGGUCAGCGAUGCCCAGUACGAGGAUGCCGGGAGAUACUUUAUAUACUACAUUGAUAAAAACCAAAGGAACACACCGUACAACACACUAGACUGCCAUGUCAUGGCUCCCAUCAGCAUCACUAACAUAUCAGAGACUUGUCGUGGGGAGAACUCGUCCCUGACAGUCUUCUAUACUGGGGAUGGACCGCCCAUAGUAAUCUGGAGCAGGAUUGGAGGAGGACUACCCGAGGGCCACCUACUGACCAACCACAACAAGACCCUGAUCGUUCCGAGCACUGCUACUGGAGUAUACAGGGUGGUUGUCUCUAAUAGAGCCAGUAAAGACAUCCAGGAGUAUACCAUGUCAUCAAGAGGGCCACAUCACACUAAAGUCGGAAUAAAAAUCCUUGGCAUCAUCAUCCCUGGUCUAUUUGUAAUAGUAAUGGCUUCGGUAAUAUACAAAAAAUGCAAGAACAAGUAAGAAGAAACACCAUAAAUAAAGUAUUCUGCUCCCAGUGUCAGGCAGUGAUUCAUCGCCGU